CUUAACAGGAAGAAGUGUUUGCUCAGGGAUGCUGCUAAUAUAGAAACACUGUGUGAAGAAGGAAGGACGGUGCUUGAACAGAAGGAGGAUAUUCUCUGAAGGUGCCUCUCUCCACCACACCAAGCAUAAGACCCCAUCUGCAAACUAGGCCAACCUUCCCAAGAGAGAGCAGGCCUUCUCAUCUCCUUCAUCAUGAAUUGGCAUAUGAUAAUCCCUGGGCUUAUCAUAGUGGUGCUUAAAAUGGUUGGAAUGACCUUUUUCCUGCUUUAUUUCCCACAGAUUUUUGGCGGAAGUAAUGUCAGCUUCCUUCCCACAGAGAGCUAUGGAACAGUCCCACUGACUUUCGGGAGCAGUAAUGUCACCCUACUUCCCACACAGAGCUAUGGAACAGUCUGCCCCAACAGGUGGUAUUUUCAUCAAGGAAAAUGCUUUUGGUUGUCCCCUUUUGAAAUGUCUUGGAACAAAAGCAGGGACUUUUGCAAAACAGAAGGAUCCACUUUGGCCAUUGUCAACACACCAGAGAAACUGAAAUUUCUGCAGGACAUAAUUGGUGCUGAGAAGUAUUUUAUCGGCUUAUACCAGGAUACAGAGAAAACAUGGCGUUGGAUCAACAACUCCCCGUUCAAUGGCAACAUUACCAAUCAGCAUCAGAACUUCGACUGUGUGACCAUAGGCCUAACAAAUACAUUUGAUGCUGCACCAUGUAACAUCAACUUGCGCUGGAUUUGUGAGAAGCUGGCGAAAUGAUUGCAGUUCUCUGUGGCCUCUGACAAGAAUAACAAACACACUUGUGGAGAAAGCAAAAAGAAUAUGAUUGGGAUUGGUACAGGAAAUACAGAACAUCAAAUUACUGUGUCCAUCUUCCACGGGUUACUGGCAGAGCUCCCUGACAAAUCCUUGGGGCUAAUGCUCCAGCCCCUCCACAAAUAUACUUGCAUACACAUAACAGAGACAAACUUCCCAUUCUGAGUCAGCAGUUCCCCCCAACACUGCACUUCCUAUGACUGUCAUAGCUGUGACUCUUUUUAGAUCUGUACCAGACAUCUAAUCAAUGAUCCCUUUCUCCAUCUCUCUACUAUGAGAGGCCCUUGCCUGUGUUGGAAUUGAUCUUCUGCUUUGGAGGACUGGAUGUCAGUCACCUCCAGGAGACAGAGUCACUUUUAGAUAGACAACUCAGUUGAUAUAGUGAUGAGGUCUGUUUGUAUAGAACUGAGCAUUUCUGACUGAUCGACAGGGUUUAUUUUGGCCUAUUGCCAGGUCUGUUUUAUCCUCAGAGCACAUACCCAGCACCACAGAGAAAGUGCAGACUGAGCAGGCAAAAACAUGAUUUAGAGAGUAGCCAGGGUAGAAGAGGGAUAAACUCAGCUUGUUGACUUCACUUGUGUUCCCAAGAGACCCAUGUUCACAUGCAUCCCACCCCUACCCAAGAUAGGAUAGCAGAGGUCCUCCUCAGUCUGAAUUGAGGCCAGGCCUGGGGAAGGGCUCCUGGAGCCAAGCUUGGCUUAUUCAUGGGAAUGGACAAAGGUCUGGCCAGAGCAGGAAUCUUCCCUUUGAAAAUAAUCAGACAGCUAACAUGACCAAGCAAAGUGAUCAAUGUUUUUCAACAAAGCCCUGAAGACAUACUCAUGCUUAAAUUUUCCUGGUCUUGAGCUGAAUCUCCAUUUCAGUAGAUAUUUAUUCUUGAUCAUGGUUUUUUCUAGUAUAUUUUAAGAAUUUAAAAUAGUCUCUUGGACCUCAGUGUUCAGAAGAUAUUCCUGCCUGCAGUUUAGAGAGACUCUAUGAGCAGGUACAGCUUAGUGACCCAAAGAUGCCACAGCCUCAUCCAUGUUGGCAUCACACCAACUUCAGAGCCGGUCCAGUUGACCAAAGAGUAAAAAUGAGGAGGGCUGCUCAAGGAAGCAUGGGGAGUAGGCAAAAAGUAGGCAUAUAGUAGUAGUAAGGGAACACCAGAGACAAAUGGAAAUCAUUUCCAGGAGGAAACAGAGCUCAUUUGGCCACACUGGAAGAAAGGCAAGAAAAGGGUAGAAAAGUCUUGGGGGAUCCUGGCUAUUCUCUGCACUUGCAACAAAAUUAACUACAUACCUUUCUCAGUAAAUGGAAAAAAGAGAUGCCUGUGUGUUCUGAGUAACAAGAAUUAAGCCAUAAGGGAAGACUAUAAAACUAAUGGAAAUUAUAGUCACCUAAGUGAACUGCUCACCAAUUUAUGUCUAGUAACAACAUACCACAAUGACUAUGAAUAUCAUCGGAUAUAUGUCAAAGAAAAUUGUCAUUUUAUUUAUUACUAAGCUCUAGUCCUAUAUUCCUAUGAUUCAUAAUUUUUGUCCAAUUUGCAUGGUCACCUAUAGUUUUAAAAAAUGAGAUAAUACAUUAAGUGUUAGAACUUGCCUAAAGGAAGUUACCGGCAAUAAUAUGUGUUGGGGUGGAGGCAAUGUUAGAAUUAUAUCAGUAUUCUGUGAAGACACAAGUUCUUUUGUGGUGUUAGCAAAGAAUGAAUACUGCAGUUGAGGAGAGGGGAGAGGCUGAGUCUAUGGUAGAUAAAGAAAUAAACAGAAUUCUACACCAAAAGUAAUCUCCAGGAUCCAGAUAAUAGAAACUGCAGCCCUUCUGUUUUGAGAAGGGAAAGUUGUUGCCACACUUCCUGUUUUAUGACAUAACAAACUUCAGAUGUCUAUAGUCAGGAAAUGUAGACAUCUAGUAAUUUCCCUAGUAGACAGCCCAAAUUUCACCCAAGAUGAAGACAUACUUCUGUGAAGGUUCUAAAAGAAGCCCAGCGGGCUAAGGUGGGGGUGGGGGUGGGGGUAGGGAGCACAUGGGGAAUAUGAACACUUUGUUUUAAAUUCAUUCCUGGGGGUGCAGGGGCUGCCGGAUCCUUAAGAGGGUAGGUAAAUGUGACCUUAUUGGGCAGCAGUGUAUGGGUUUUUUUCAAGCAAUAGAAAUUUACUAAGCCACUGGAUUAGAGUUUUUUUACUUUGCUUCCAAUAUAUAAUGUGAAUUUUUACAGAUUUCUUACUCUUUCUGUCCCUUAAUUUCUUUACCUAUAAAGUGAGGCAGUAAUACCCCCAUCACAAAAUUCUUGUGUAUAUUAAACAAAACUCUCACUAUGUCCCUCGUGGCAAUAAACAACGGGGGAAGCACUCUGUGGAAGAUGUGAAGUUGAGAUCUUUAUCAAAGUGGCUCUUCAGUUUGCUAAAAGCUGAAUGUAGAAAAGCCACUUAAUUUCUCAGAUUUUCUUUUAAUUCAUUUAAAAUAUGGGAAUAAAAAUAUGCCUAAGUCA